AUGUGCUAGAUAUAAUGUAUGUAUGUUAUCACAGAUCCUAAUCUAUUAACUUGCGCUGAGGGAUGUACUGGUUGUCUUUAUACAGGAAGUUGUUAUGGCUGUAUUAAUGAUUAUCACGAAGUAGUUUACUAUGUACCAGGUGUUUAUAGAUAUACUAAAUGUAAAAAAAGUUGUACUACUAUUAAUCAUUGUCUAGAUUGUGAAAAUAGUAAUAUAUGCACAUUAUGUGAUGAAAAACAUUAUCUUGAUCCAAAAACAUCUAGAUGUAUAUGA